AUGUCGGUGGAGGGGAUCGUACCUGGACAGUUUGACGACGUGGAGGAGGACAGGUGAGACUGUCGGUGAUGAUCAGAGGGUUAUAAUAAUGUUAUCAUCAUUAAUGAUAAUGAUGAACAGACCCUGAGUCACGUGACUGAAACAGGUUUCAAUCAGCUGAUCCAGAAAACAAACUCACACACACACACACACACACACACACACACACACACACACACACACACACACACACACACACUGCAGUUCUCCUGUUCACUCAGAGUUUUUCUGUUUUAAUGAUUUCUUCUCUUUAAAGGGAUAUUCUGUCGUCAAACUAAUUCAGGGUCAAACCCACCGUAACACCGAGUUAGACCCCGCCCCCUCCAGAGAUGAAUGUUGUCGACCGCUUGCUUCUCUAGUUAUACCAACUUUAGUAACGACCGCAGGAUAGAAAUACAGAGAGCCACGCCCCCAACCAAAACGCCACUCUAUAGCCACAAAUAAUGCUCAGAACAGCACCUAACUUCAUCAACAGGACAUAUAGGGUCCCAGACAUAGUACUAGACACCAAACAUCUUUUUAACUUUGACUCAUUUCUUUAGCAAAGAGACUAAACACAACUCACCUACUCUCUUCCAGCAGACGCUUGUUUGUAGUGAGACCUCAGGACAGUCCAUUACAGACUACAGCGGGGUGCCGCAGCUCAAGGAAGAACAUUUAUGAUCAUUUCUUCAUGGAAAUACAAUCAGACAAUUCGUCCACAGAACAAGAAAAAGAGACAUGAGUGGGUAAAAACUCUCAAACACUGGACUGAUGAUGAUGAUGAGAAACAAGUUUGAGUCUAUGUCUGCAGACAAACUGGUGAACGUCUGAAAGCUCCAGGUGUUACACCCACAAUUCAGCAUGGAGGUGGUAGUCUCCAGACCUUUCUUCAUCUGAGCUUGUGUGGGAUGAAUUGGAUUGAUGGGUCAGAAAAACUCGUCCCACGAAUCAGCGUCUCUUUUUAAUGAACUUAAGAAAGCUUGAAUGUAAUCCCUGGAACAGACCUUAAUAAACUUGGUACCUGGUAUAUGCUGAGCUGUUGUUAAAGCCAGAGGAGGUAACUUUAAAGAAAGUCUAACAACAAAAACUCAAAUACCUCAGAAUUAAAGUCAGAAUGUCUUCAGAUCAGUUACUCUUUACACUGUAGUCAUGGUUACUGUGUUUAAAAUUAUAUUUAUGAAACUAUGAUCUUUGUUUGUACUAAUCUGAUCUGAUCUGAACUUUCGUAUACCCAGUAGACACGUUUUGCUUGGAGGGGCUCUUUAAUCCCUACAUCAUCAGCUCCAGUCUUAACCUCCGUUUUCCAGGAUUCAUGUAGUUUUGGACAAAAAGAGGGUGGGGGGUCCAGGAUGUCCGGGGAGCCGUCCCCUUUCCUGAGGUAGAUAAAAAAGACUCAGUCUGGGUUUUCCUUCGUCUGUAAUCUCAAUAAUCUCGCUGUGAUGUUACAGAGAGAAUAAAUCAGGCCCAACCUGAGCACACUCAAAAACAUCUAAACCCACUCUGCACACCUGGUUCUCCUGGUUCUCCUGGUUCUCCUGGUUCUCCUUCGCUGUGAGCUUUAAGAUUCCAAGUCUCUCUGAUCGCUUCGUCGUAGUUUUUAAGUUUUUGUAUCUUUUUAAGUUUCUUUGCCGCUCUUUCUUUUGUUUGUCGUGUUUUUCUCCGUUCGGCUCUUUUCUUCUUCGUCUUCUUCUGCUCACUGAUGAACGUCACUCUCUCACUUCUGUAGGGACCAAUCAGAGCUGUUGGCUGUGAGAGGUCAGAGACCUCCUUCAGAGCCAGAGGAGGAGGAGGAGCCAGAGGAGGAGGAUGAGGAGGAUGAAGAUGAGGAGGAGUGGAUGUGGCGCUCAGCAGGAGGAGAUCUGACCAAACCCUUCCUGAAGACCAGCAGCCAGGUAAGACCUCAGAGGAGGAGGAGGAGGUCAGGGGAGGAGGUCAGCAGAGGAGGUCAGGGGGGUUUAUUCAGAUUUAACGUAGAUGUUCCUCCAUUUGUUCCUCAGUUUGUUCUUCGGAGAAUAUAAAAAGUUUCUGACUCAGUUUAAAGACUGUAAUCAAUAAUCAAUAAUCAAUAACAGACAUCAGAGAUCUCAGCUCUGAUACUGAAAGGUAAUUUAGUUAAAAUAAGAUCAAUAAAAAAAUGAAGACAGUCCUGGAAGCUCACCUGACUCCUCUGCUGUGCUCUCAUUGGUCAGGCCAACAGACAGAAUCCCUCCAAUAAGAUGCUGCCGUCAACGCCGAACGACAAAGUCCUGAGGAAGUACGAACACAAGAUCAACCUGGGUAACACACACAUACACACACACAAUAACACACACAAUAACACUAACACACACACACACACACACACACAAUAACACACACACACACACACAACACAAACACACAAAAACACACACAGACACACACACACACACUAACACACACACACACACACACACACACAAUAACACACACACACACACACACACACACACACAAUAACACUAACACACACAGAGACCCACACACACACACACACAAUAACACACAGACACACACUGUUGAUUGAUUGAUUGUUUAAUUGAUUGAUUUUAUUAAUUGAUUAAUUGAUUGAUUGAUUUAUUGAUUGAUUGUUUGUGUUUCUUCCAGAUAAGCUGAAUUUCGCUGACUCGGUGAUCAAUAAAGUCACGUCGAUGCAGAGGCAGAAAGACGCCGACACGUACGUCUUUACUCCGCCCACUUUAAUCCAGGAGGUCAUGUGACGUGUUUGUAACGCUCUGAUUGGCUGCUUUUCACAGGUACAGAGUAAAGGACAAAUCAGAUCGAGCCACUGUGGAACAGGUACGGAUUCAAAUGCUUUUAUUCUGAAAGAGCCUGACAGGAAAUUAACAAAACAAAUUAACAAAACAAGACUUAAAGUGAUCAGUAAAUCAUUUCCUUCCUUCCUUCCUUCCUUCUUUCUUCCUUCUUUCCUUCGUUCCUUCAUCCCUUCCUUCCUUCCCUUCUUCCUUCCUUCCUUUUGUUCCGUCAUCUCGUCCUUCGUUCCUUCAUCCCUUCCGUCCUUCCUUCCUUCCUUCCUUCCUCCCGUCCUUCCUUCCUUCCUUCAUCCCUUCCUUUCUUCCUUCAUCCCUUCUGUCCUUCCUUCCUUCCUUCGUUUGUUCCUUCUUUCUUCCUUCCUUCCUUCGUUUCUUCAUCCCUUCCUCCUUCCUUCCUUCCUUCAUCCCUUCCUUCCUUCCUUCACUCCAUCCUUCCUUCCUUCAUCCCUUCUGUCCUUCCUUCCUUCCUUCAUUCGUUUGUUCCUUCCUUCUGUCCUUCCUUCCUUUGUUUCUUCAUCCCUUCCUUCCUUCUGUCCUUCCUUCUGUCCUUCCUUCCUUCCUUCCUUCCUUCCUUCCUUCCUUCUUUCGCUCCGUUUUUCCUUCCUUCAUCCCUUCUGUCCUUCCUUCCUUCAUUCGUUUGUUCCUUCCUUCUGUCCUUCCUUCCUUCGUUUCUUCAUCCCUUCCUUCCUUCUGUCCUUCCUUCCUCCCUUCCUUCCUUCCCUCCUUCCUUCCUCUCCUGCAGGUUCUGGAUCCUCGGACUCGGAUGAUCCUGUUUAAGAUGUUGAGUCGCGGCGUCAUCAGUCAGAUUAACGGCUGCAUCAGUACGGGAAAGGAGGUCCGAUAUUUGUCAUCCAUGUUGUCGAGUGAUGUCAAUCAGUCGAUCAAUCAAGUGAUGUCAUGGUGUGUUAAUUAUGUGUCGUCGUUGUCAUGGUUACAGGCUAACGUCUACCACAGCAGCACGUCGGCGGGUGAAAGUCGGGCCAUCAAGAUUUAUAAAACCUCCAUCCUGCUGUUCAAAGAUCGGGACAAAUACGUGAGCGGAGAGUUCAGGUCGGGAAACGCCGAUUUUAACCUACGCUAACUUUAGCAUGUUAGCCUGAACAAAGAUGGUGGAUAAAGGCAGACCGCGCACUCUGACCCGCUCUGACACGGUUCUGGUUCUGGUUCUGCAGGUUCCGUCACGGUUACUGUAAGGGGAACCCCAGGAAGAUGGUGAGAACCUGGGCCGAGAAGGAGAUGAGGAACCUGAUCAGGUCAGAACCUGGACUCUAACUCAGAGGGUCAGAACCUGGAGGAAACAGAACUUUCUGAUCAGUAGAUCCUGUCCAGUCCCUCUGACUGACAGCUGCAUUUUAGAAGAACCUGGUGGAGGUUCUGGUGGAGGUUCUGGUGGAGGUUCUGGUGCAGGUUCUGAUGGAGGUUCUUGUGUUCCAGGCUGCAGAUGGCCGGGAUCCCCAGUCCAGAACCGUUGCUGCUGAGGAGUCACGUUCUGCUCAUGAGUUUCAUCGGAAAGGAGAACAUGUGAGGAGAACCAAUCAGAAUCAUCCUGUUCUCUAACUGACUGUUGAUUGGUUUAGUACCAAGUUUAUGACCGGUGUGUUCUGCGUCCUGAUUGGCCAGGCCCGCCCCUCUCCUGAAGAACGCCACUCUGUCGGAGUCGAAGGCCCGGGAGCUCUACCUGCAGGUUCUGCAGAACAUGAGGAAGAUGUUCCAGGAGGCUCGGCUCGUCCACGCAGAUCUCAGCGAGUUUAACAUGCUGUAAGAGGCCACGCCCACUCACAGGACACACCCACCGCUCCAUAACCCUUCAAAAUAAAAGCCCUCUCUUCCUGUGCAGGUAUCAUAACGGCGACGCUUACAUCAUCGACGUGUCUCAGUCCGUGGAACACGACCAUCCGCACGCCCUGGAGUUCCUGAGGAAGGACUGCGGCAACGUCAACGGUGAGCAACGCAACUUUUAACACACAUGCACGCACACGUGCACACACACACGUGCACACACAGCCUGAAUGUUUCCUCUUUUUUCCCAGAGUUCUUUGUGAAACGCGGCGUGGCGGUGAUGACGGUCAGAGAACUGUUUGACUUCAUCACCGACCCGUCAAUCACCUCCAACAACAUCGAUCAAUACCUGGAGAAGGUGAGCUGAUCAGCUGAUCAAUCAGACUUCAUUAAUAAACAAACACACAGAGUCAGACAGAAACAAGAUAAACAAGAAACAAGAUAAACAAGAAAAACAAGAAAAACAAGAAACAAGAUCAAGAAACAAGAUAAACAAGAAAAACAAGAAACAAGAUAAACAAGAAACAAGAUAAACAAGAAAAACAAGAAAAACAAGAAACAAGAUCAAGAAACAAGAUAAACAAGAUAAACAAGAAACAAGAAAAACAAGAAACAAGAAAAACAAGAAACAAGAUAAACAAGAAACAGAAACAAGAUACAAAAACAAGAAACAGAAACAAGAUAAACAAGAUACAGAAACAAGAUAAACAAGAAACAGAAACAAGAUAAACAAGAAACAGAAACAAGAUAAACAAGAAACAGAAACAAGAUAAACAAGAAACAAGAUACAGAAACAAGAUAAACAAGAAACAAGAUAAACAAGAAACAAGAUAAACAAGAUGCAGAAACAAGAUAAACAAGAUACAAAAACAAGAUACAGAAACAAGAUAAACAAGAAACAAGAUAAACAAGAAACAGAAACAAGAUAAACAAGAAACAAGAUAAACAAGAUACAGAAACAAGAUAAACAAGAAACAGAAACAAGAAACAAGAUACAGAAACAAGAUAAACAAGAUACAGAAACAAGAUAAACAAGAAACAAGAUAAACAAGAAACAGAAACAAGAUAAACAAGAAACAAGAUAAACAAGAAACAGAAACAAGAUAAACAAGAAACAAGAUACAGAAACAAGAUAAACAAGAAACAAGAUACACAAGAAACAGAAACAAGAUAAACAAGAAACAAGAUAAACAAGAAACAAGGUACAGUAACAAGAUAAACAAGAUACAGACCACAGUGGUCAGUUUUAGGUCAGUAUCAGGAUACCAACAGCAUUAAGAGCCAACAGGAUACGGUCGGUCAAAGGUUGAAUGUUGUUGCAGGAUUCAGGUCACACUUCCUGUUUAUUUGAAACGCUCUGAUUGGUCGUCCAGGCGAUGACGAUAGCGGCUGAGCGGACGUCGGAGGAGAGGUCAGAUCAGGACCGAGUUGACGAGGAGGUGAACCUCAAAUCAAUCAAUCAAUUAGUCAGUUCUUAUUCUUAUAUUGAUUAG